UCUCGUGUCCAAUAGUUCAACACAAUCAAACAAUAAUCCAGUGGUGUUGGCCCCGCCUGGUGCUUCUGUGUGAGUGAAUGUGAGCCGGUGUCGCGUCGACUUAUUUACACAUUCGGCAGUAUUCAGCAGUCGACAGCGGCGUUCAAACGAUUCAAGUACAUUCUGUCGCUUUCGCCUCAACUAUUCAGUGUGCCAAUUCCCUAUAACUACAUUAAUAUUGCAAUUCAUCAUGGCUUCAUUUCAAAUGCAACAGGUGCUGCGUGCAGUGCGUCCAUCCAUCCGGGCCUUCUCAACGACUCCAACUAAGUCGGCAUCUGCGUUUCCAAACGGUUUCAAUUUCGAACUGAAUGAAACGCAGAAAGAAUUCCAAGAUGUCGCGCGGAAGUUCUCACGUGAAGAGAUUCUUCCGGUUGCUGCUGAUUACGACAAGACCGGAGAAUAUCCGUGGCCGGUGAUUAAGAAGGCAUGGGAAUUGGGAUUGACCAAUACACACAUUCCGGAACAUUGCGGUGGAUUGAAUCAGGGCGUUUUUGAUGGAUGUUUGAUUGCUGAGGAGUUUGCAUAUGGUUGUUCAGGUGUUGCAACUGCAUUGGAAGCGACUGGCCUUGGUCAAACUCCAGUUAUUCUUAGCGGAACCAAGGAACAGCAAAAGAAAUAUUUGGGCAGGUUAAUUGAAGAACCAUUAGUUGCUGCAUAUGCUGUUACUGAACCAUCAGCUGGAUCAGAUGUGAAUGGUCUGAAAACUCGCGCUGAAAAGAAAGGCGAUGAAUACAUCAUCAAUGGACAGAAGAUGUGGAUCACCGGAGGUGGAGUUGCUAACUGGUACUUUGUGUUGGCUCGCACCAACCCAGACCCUAAAGCUCCAGCUGCCAAGGCCUUCACUGGUUUCAUCGUCGACCGAGAUACCCCUGGAGUAACUCCUGGCCGUAAAGAAAUCAACAUGGGCCAACGCGCGUCUGAUACCCGAGGCAUCACAUUUGAAGAUGUCCGCGUGCCGAAAGAGAACGUUCUUGUUGGAGAAGGUGCUGGUUUCAAAAUUGCGAUGGGUACAUUCGACAAAACUCGCCCUCCAGUUGCUUCCAGCGCCACUGGUGUAGCCCAGCGUUGCCUGGACGAAGCUGCAAAGUACGCUUUGGAACGUAAGACCUUCGGUACUGCGCUUUUCAAUCAUCAAGCCGUAGCUUUCAUGUUGGCUGAUAUGGCUAUCGCCGUUGAGACUGCUCGUCUCGCGUGGAUGAAAUCUGCAUGGGAGGUUGAUAAUGGCAAACGUAACAGCUACGCUGCUGCUAUUGCUAAAUGUUAUGCCGCUGAUAUUGCAAAUAAAUGCGCCACCGAUGCCGUGCAGAUCUUUGGCGGUAAUGGUUUCAACAGCGAUUAUCCCGUUGAGAAACUGAUGCGUGACGCUAAAAUCUAUCAGAUCUACGAAGGCACUUCACAAAUUCAACGUAUCAUUAUCUCUAGGCACCUGAUGGAUCACUUCAAGAACGCUUCAUAAACUUUGUUAUCAGUCAUGUGUUUUUUUUCUUGUUUAUGCGCAUACAUUGUUCGUUCGUUUGUAAGUUUUAGGAUUUUAUUACUGUUUAAGCAAUGCUGUCAAAUUAUGUGGUUUUAAGCCGUGGGAGUUUGUAAUUUGAUAAAUACAUUUAACGUUUUUACAAAUACUA